AGAGCUCCAGGAGGGCUAUGUGGGCAGCAGCAGCCCCGAGGGGCUGAGCCCUGGGCGGCUCCCCCUGCCCGUCCCUCUGUCUUACCCCAUGGGUGCUGUUCUGAGAGAGCUCAAGAGCGGACCUCCUGGGAAUCACUGGCUUUCUCCACCAGCCAGGUGAGACGUUUGGGGGCCAGGCAGGAACCAGGCACCUCUCAGACAGCUGGGACAAAGUGGGGAAACCUGGGCGGGGUGAGGUGUGUGUGGGGCCGGGGUAAGGGCGACUGGUGGCUGGGGCGAUAUUCUCCCAGGGGAACCAGGGUGAAUGGCUCAGGUCGGGCCCUUUGCACACCGCCCUCCCCUGGUGGCACAAAGUGCCAUUGUGCGCUUACAGCCACAGCAGCAGGGCCGUAUCCCUGGGCGGCCCCUGUGGAGCGCAGCAGCCUGCGUGGGGAGGUGCGGUUCUGCGUCUGUGCGCUGUGCUGUCCCAGGACCUAAGCAGCGCAGGGUGACCACGUCCCAGCGGGCAGAGCGGCUUGGCCAGGGCUCAGAGCCACACCGCAGACCCCAGGCCAGUACUGUCCCAGAGUGCAGAGCAGAGGGAUGUGCCGGGGCUGGGGGGCUGGGGUCACCCAGAGGUGGGACAGAGUGGAAGGAUGAGGAUGACCAGAAGGGCUUCGUGACUCCAUUAACAAUGAUUUCGAUUCUUUCAUCCGUGCCAUAGUUUAGUGGGGUUUUUUUUCCCCUACUGGGAAUCCAGGGCCCCCACUGGCCUGUAUCCUCAGCCCUUGGUGUAUUUUUCUUAAUUUUUGAGACAGUGUCUUGCAAAGUCACUGAGUUGCCCAGGGUGGGCUUGAAUUUGUAAUCCUCCUGCCUCAGCCUCCGUAAGUGCUAGGAUACUCAAACUGGCUUACAUUUUAUUUUAUUUUUAAAUUUUUAUUUUUUUAUUUUUUGGGGUACUGGGGAUCGAACUCGGGUCCUUGCGCUUGCAAGGCAAGUGGUGGAACCACUGAGCUAAAUCCCUGGCCCCUGGCUUAUGGUUUAAAAGCACUCUUUUACCUAAAUUCUUUUUUUUUAGAAGUUGUACUUAAAAUAUGCAUACAAUUUACCAUAGUGGCAUCUAAUUAGUGCAUUCAGAGCAUUGUGCAGUCAUCACCAUUAUCAAGUUCCAGAGCAUUCUCAGCAUCCCAAAAGGAAACCCUGGACCUGUGGACCAUACAGAGAGUCAGGGUUCUACCUCUGGGCCAGGCAGCACGACUAUUCCCAUCGUGCAGAUGAGGCACUAAGCCCGAGCCAAGAGGACGUCGCAGCCUCCCCUUUCUAGCAGCCCUCCCACGCCAGCACCCCAAGACCCCGCCGGAAGGGUCAGGGUUCAUCCACAAGCCCAGGCCUCCCCUGCUUCUGAUGUCCGGGGAAGACCAUGGGGCCCUCCUGCCCUGCACUCCUGUCCUCCACCAAGUGUGGCCUAUGGUGGCUCCUUCUGCUGCCAGCAGCGCUGGCGCAGCGAGGCCCGCACACCCAGGCUGAGGAUCGCCUCUUCAAACACCUCUUUGGGGGCUACAACCGCUGGGCGCGGCCGGUGCCCAACACCUCGGACGUGGUGAUCGUGCGCUUCGGGCUGUCCAUCGCCCAGCUCAUCGACGUGGAUGAGAAGAACCAGAUGAUGACCACCAACGUCUGGCUAAAGCAGGAGUGGAACGACUACAAGCUGCGCUGGAACCCGGCCGAUUUCAGCAAUGUCACCUCCCUCCGGGUCCCUUCGGAGAUGAUCUGGAUCCCUGACAUUGUCCUCUACAACAAUGCAGACGGGGAGUUCGCAGUGACCCACAUGACCAAGGCCCGCCUCUUCUCCACGGGCGACGUGCACUGGGUGCCCCCGGCCAUCUACAAGAGCUCCUGCAGCAUCGACGUCACCUUCUUCCCCUUCGACCAGCAGAACUGCAAGAUGAAGUUCGGCUCCUGGACUUACGACAAGGCCAAGAUCGACCUGGAGCAGAUGGAGCAGACGGUGGACCUGAAGGGUUACUGGGAGAGCGGCGAGUGGGCCAUCGUGGCGGCCACGGGCACCUACAACAGCAAGAAGUACGACUGCUGCGCCGAGAUCUACCCCGACGUCACCUACGCCUUCGUCAUCCGGCGCCUGCCGCUCUUCUACACCAUCAACCUCAUCAUCCCCUGCCUGCUCAUCUCCUGCCUCACCGUGCUGGUCUUCUACCUGCCCUCCGACUGCGGCGAGAAGAUCACGCUGUGCAUCUCAGUGCUGCUGUCGCUCACCGUCUUCCUGCUGCUCAUCACCGAGAUCAUCCCGUCCACCUCGCUGGUCAUCCCGCUCAUCGGCGAGUACCUGCUCUUCACCAUGAUCUUCGUCACCCUGUCCAUCGUCAUCACGGUCUUCGUGCUCAACGUGCACCACCGCUCGACGCGCACCCACACCAUGGCCCGCUGGGUGCGCCUGGUCCUGCUGGGCUGCGUGCCCCGGUGGCUGCUCAUGAAUCGGCCCCUCGGGCCACCCUCGGGGCUCCCCGAGCCCCCGGGGCCGAAGCUCAGCCCCUCUUAUCACUGGCUGGAGAUGGACGUGGAUGCCCAGGAGCGAGAGGAGGAGCAGGAGGAGGAGCAGGAGGAGGAGGAGGGAUGGGUGUGUGCAGGCCGCACAGCGCCCUCCGCAGGUGCCUUCUAUGGCCGCAGCCGCCCGCACCCAGGGGCCUGGGGGCCCAAGGCGGAGGCCUCACUGUCCCUUCACAUGCAGAAGGCCCUGGAAGGCGUGCACUACAUUGCUGAGCACCUGCGGGCGGAGGAUGCAGACUCCUCGGUGAAGGAAGACUGGAAGUACGUGGCCAUGGUCAUCGACAGGAUAUUCCUCUGGCUGUUCAUCAUUGUUUGCUUCCUGGGAACCGUCGGGCUCUUUCUUCCUCCAUUCCUACCGGGGAUGAUCUGACUUCACGUCCCUCAUGUUGGCGCUGAGGUGCACCUGCCAACCAUCUCCUGCCACCUCUGACUGCGGCUGCCCCCAGGGUACCCUUUGGGGUCAAGGCCAUCUGCCUGAGGCUGUCCCUCAAUUUGCUCUUUGGCAUCCCUAGAGGUCACAGCUUCCCAGCACAGUUCCUGACAUCCCUGUGCCCUGUGCUGCGUCCUGCUGGUUGCAGAGCCCUGCUUCGGAGGCUGUGGAGCUGGAAAAGGUGAAGGUGUUUGCUCUGUAGCACCCCGGGAUGCUGUGGUGACAACAUGAGGGAGAAAAAGAUGCUCCUGGAGGAGCAAUGUGGACCCUAAGUGACAGUCACGCAGGGAGGUGGAGGGUGGCACUAGGACCACGAGACAGCGCAGCCCCGGGAGGACAGAGGGGGAAGAGGAGGAGGCCUGGGGUGCAGAAAGGAGUCCAGCAUGUUGGGGAGGAAGGGAGGGGGAGGUGGCCGCCUGCAGGUAGCGGGCCCUGCCCCCGCCUGAAGGCCUCUGAGCCCUGUUCCCCUCUGCAUUAUCAUCUGUCUGCCCCUUUCUUGCUGCAAAGUGGCCCCAGCUGGCUGAGCUGAGCCACUGCCUGACGGGCGCCCUUGCACUGCACCAUGCUGUGGACAAAUGGAAAGGCCGCCCACCGCCCACCCCGAGUCGUUCUCAGCCCAACUCACCCUCGCAGCUUGAGGGGCGCGUGGUGGUGCACACCUGUAAUCCCAGCGCUCUGGGAGGCUGAAGCAGCAGGAUCAAAAGUUCCAGCCCAGCCCGGGCAAUUUAGCAACAGCAUGUCCCAAACUAAAUACAAUUUAAAGAGUGGGUAUGUAGUCAGUUUUCCCUGGGCUCAAUCCCCAGUACCACAAAAAACAAAGCAUCCUCCCCAUUUGUUGGGCAGCCUCUCCGUCCUUCCUCAGAGCCUGGUCCCUGAUGAUCUGCUUUACUUCAAGCUCUCAGCCUAAACUCCUCCAGCACCUAGCACAGCGCCAGAUUGUGGGGUCAGCCUCUGGACGCGUGUGUGGUCUGAGAAGUGGGGCAGCAGGCUGAGGCCUCAGAAGGUUCCCUCCCAGCCCACCUUCCUGGGUCCCACGGGCCUGCAGUCUGUACGUCUCGCUCCUGUGCCAUGGCAGAGAAUGUUCCACAUUCUGGGGUGCUGGCGAGGGGGGUUGGGAGCCCCAACCUCAGCUGCUAACAGAGGUGGGCAGUGGGUUCUCCAGACAGUAUGAGACCCCAGGCAGGAAGCGGAGCGGGGGAGCUUUCCACUUCCGUGCAAUCUGGGGAUCCCCUCCUGAACCCCCACGUGCCUGUCCCUGGCAGGCCCAGGGAAAACUGUCUACCCGAGACCCUGGCUAGGCCCCUCCUCAGUUCUCUCUGCCUUUCUGGCCUGGAUGCCUCCUCACUCCUGUGAAUGCAGGCCCUGUCCCUGCUGUCUCUCUGUGUGGUCCAGCCCUCCAGGUGUGAUCUGGUCCAGCGAUGCUUGCCAUGUUCUUCCUGUUUCCUGCCCACCUUGCAUGUGAGUAAAAGUAUUCAAUAAAGCCGAGUCUGCUGGUCAGUCAAAGGUGCCACCCCUCCUUACCGGCUACACUUCAAUGUCAUCAGCAUCACCCAGGGCCCUCCAGAGCCUGGAGAGGAAUGUCACGCGGAGGAGACUGCCCUGCAUCCAUCCUGAAAAGCCACCCCUGUUGGCUCAGGUGACCCUGCUGCCCAUAUGGGGCAAAGGGCUGGAGUGCACGUGACCCCCACCAUGUGUUGCCGCACAGCUUCCUGGCCAAGGCCCAGUCAAUGGUCUUGAUCUGCACCCAAGAUGAACACCAUCGAUUUCUUCCAGGACUACAGUUCAAGGCCAGCAGAUCCAACAAACCACACAAACAAACCACAAAGCAAAUGGUACAAUUUUAAUUCAACCACAAGUCAGAUAGAAAGAAGGUAAAAGAAUGUUCUACACAAACACUUGAGAAAGGAACGGAGCAGGUGAGGAAAGGAGAGAGCACAGGAGUAAGAAGGGGAGGGGGCGAGGG